UACUAGAAUCAAGCGUCUGGGGCUGAGUGUGGUGGCAUAUACCCUUAAUACCAGCAUUUGGAAGGUGGGGACAGAUGGAACUCUAUGAAUUUGAUGCCAGGCUGUCUACAGAGUGAGUUCCAGGCCAGACGAGGCUACACAGUGAGACCCUGACUUUAAAAACAGAAGAUUAGGCCUACUUGUCACUGAAGGGUAUUUACCAUUUUAAGAUCAAUCUCUCGUGUGCUGUCAGUGUUAAGGGGCAAGAGAAUGCCCCCAAAGUCUAGCUAGAACCAGCUGAUGCUGAGCUACAUCUUGUAGAGGCACCACAGCACCCAUAUCAGCACCCACAUUUGGGGUGUGGGGUGUGGAGGAGCAAAUAAUCUAGAUCUGACUUGGAUUUUCUCAGGUCAGACAACAGGCUACAGUGCUGUUGCUCUCAAGGAGAUCUAAUAACGUCAGGUCCAGCUAGAUUCAAUGACUUGGGAAUGGUCACAUGGAGUGGCGGCGGGGGUCCUGUCCUCUAGGGCAGACCUGUCAUUAGGACAUCUCUAAGCUUUAGCCUUUCUCUCCAGUAGAACCUUGAAACAGGUGAUGUGCUUGCUAGGCAAGUAUUGUGUUGCUGAGCUACACCCUGAGCCCUGGACCCGAGCUUUCCCGGUCUGGUCUUAGCAAAAAGGUUCAAGUAACCUCUCUCCUACCCAGCCUCUUCCCGUGGCUCCUCCCCACUUUGUCUUCCCCUUCAAUACCUUGUUUCUGCCCAGUGAGCACCUCUGCUUUGCUCUAAGACUCUGAGUUCCUUCUCAGGGACCUUUUUAGGGAUCCGUGCCCCAAAUGAAACAGAGGAAUGCUGAGGAAAACCGGGUGGAACUCAGCUGCUGCUACCAAAAUACAGCAUAGGUACCAUUGCACACCUCCCGACACUUCGGCAAGGGCUGUACCCAGCGUUGCUAGAUUCCCACCACUACACUGUGUUUCGCAGAAGAAGCUAGAGCCUCAUUCCGGAACUUGUACUAUUAACCGCUUUUCAAACUACUCUUACAGUGGUACCAGGACCAAACAAAAAAUAAAUGGGAUAAUGGGAGUGGCGCGUGAACCUAAAGGAUGAGCUCUGUUGCAGGCUGGCAGAAAACAAAACAAAACAAAACAAAAAAAUCCCUCACAUUGAAGGGUGUAGCCAACCCCUCUUUCUCUGAAUCGGGCUCCUCUCUGAGAGGUUUCCUUCCACCCCUUUCUUCUUCCAACACAAGGUCUCCUGGGGACAGAGCUCUAACAGUCUGGGGUCCUCCCAGGCUGCUGAUGGGGCUGAAACAGACCCUGGAAGAUGGAAGCAGGGGUGAGGAGGUCUAAUUCAUGAUGGAAGAAAUCUAGCGCUCCGUUGUCUCUUCAGACCUUUGCCUCUCCCCAGAACCCUGCAGAAAGGAGACACCAAGACUGGAUCUACUCAUGGGCAGGCCUGGGUGGCCUUUGCAGCCAGGGUUGUAAGCUCUGCCUGGCACAUCGGGCACUCUCCUGGGAGGAGACAGGAUUCUGAGAUCACCCCAGCUCCAGUGACAUGCUCUGGCCUCCCCUGCUACCGUGACAGCUGCCCCUCUUAUACCCACCCCUGCCCUGUUCUUAAGAAUCUAAGUUAGCCGCAUAAGGUCUGUCAUAGGGCAACAAAAGAAGCUAUUCUGCUAACAUAAGUUCAUAUUUCUACCUAGAUGCAAAAUAAACACUAUCCUUCUCGAAUGAGAAAUACCUUGCACAGGGGACAAGGAGAGCUUCCUUUGGUGUGAUCUCACGAUCCUUGAGCCCCAGUGUGGUUCCUAUCUAGUAUGAGCCCUAGAAGGCCAUAAAAGGGGUCUUGCUAGAUACUUAAAGCUGAAGUCAGCUCUUCACCUCCAAGUGAGGUGAGCCUGACAUUAGUUUUCACACCUCCAGCUCUGCUGUGGUCUCAGAGUCAUAGAAUUAACCCACAGUCCUGGGUAACCUUGCACAGGGCCCGACUCUUCCUGUUUAGCUCAUGUUGAUCUUUCCCAUGUUUAUACCGGAUCAUCUGGUGCCUUAUGAAAGACAUAGGAAGAAACAGUAUUUUUUUAUUAUUAGCUCUCUUUAGAAUCACACAGCCUGGACAACCCGCUCAGGCCCCUACGUCCUAGAAACAGAGUCCUGCAGGAUCAGGGCGGAGAGCACUGGGAGGAAGCGGCCAAGCAGAAUUCCCUUCCUCACAGUGGUCCUUGCCGGCUGAGCAAGCCCAAGUCCACAUCCCUACAGGAUGGAAUCCGGGCCAGCCCCGUCCUUCCCCGUACAUUCCUGAGUUAGGACUGGUGACUGAAGCAAAGGAAACUGGCUGGAGUGAAGCCAGGCUUCUGGUCUUGGACUCCGCUCCAUCUUUUAUUCAGAGAAUGAUCUCAUCCUUGGUCCACAUUCUUUAAAGGGAACUGCAGGGGGUUUCUUUCCUGGAGCCUGGAAUGUGCUUUUAUUGCCCCCCUCUCCUUCAUAGGAUCAAAGAAAUAGACUUUACCUAUGGAUGAUUGCCAGAUUUUAGGCGUCAGAAGAAAUCGCACAUUUCCCCCCACUUCAUCCUCAGCUUAGCCUCUGACCCGAACUGUGUUCACUUCUUCACCUACAUUUCUUUCUGAUUAGCCUUGUCCUACCCUGGGAUCCCCCGUUACCCCUCUGUCUCCCCUCCUCCAGCCCCGGCUUCACUUACCCCUAACUCAUCUGGUCUUAUUUUUAGAUCCGACAUCUCUCCCUUUCCCUUUCUUAAUAUGGCGAUGAGCUCUUAGGCCUGCAUGGGGCCAGGGGCUGAGGAGCCCUGGCCAUUGGGGGAGGGGGAAGGAAGGAGCUCCUGGGAGCCUAGGGAAGAGGUGUAGGAGGCGGGAGGAUUCAGGCUCUCAUGGAGCUGUCCUGGCCUCAGAAGGUUAUCCAUCUCCCCUGCCAACCACAGAGACAUAUUUAGACAGGACCAGGUGGGGACGGAGGGGUGCCAGUUUCAAGGGGCAGCUCCGGUUCCCUCCCCGCCCCUGCUCCUAUUGCUCCUCCUGACCCUUUUCCACUUGGCUCUGUCGGCAGUUUCUCCAGGACCCAGCAGUGUCCUCCGUCCACUGCUCUGGCCCACUCCCUACCCCACCCCCACCCAGAGCCCCUAACUCAGGACUCUUGUAUCCAGGGGCACCUCCCUAUUGCAGCUGACCUCCUCAGGACCAGGAGAGCAGACCUAGAUCCCACUACCUCCAUGAGAGCUACUGACAGGAUGGGGGCCAGGGCAGUGCCCAAGCUGCGGCUAGCACUGCUGUUUGUACUGGUGCUGGGGAUACCCAAGUCAGGGGUCCAGGGGGAGGAAGGGCUGGACUUCCCUGAGUACGACGGUGUGGACCGUGUCAUCAAUGUGAAUGCAAAGAACUACAAGAAUGUGUUCAAGAAGUAUGAGGUGCUGGCCCUCCUCUACCAUGAGCCCCCUGAGGACGACAAGGCCUCACAAAGACAAUUUGAGAUGGAGGAGCUAAUCCUGGAGUUAGCAGCCCAAGUCCUAGAAGACAAGGGUGUUGGCUUCGGCCUUGUGGACUCUGAGAAGGAUGCAGCUGUGGCCAAGAAACUAGGACUAAUUGAAGAGGACAGCGUUUAUGUGUUUAAAGGAGAUGAAGUCAUUGAGUACGAUGGCGAAUUUGCUGCGGACACUCUGGUGGAGUUUCUGCUUGAUGUCCUAGAAGACCCCGUCGAAUUGAUCGAAGGUGAACGAGAACUGCAGGCAUUUGAGAAUAUUGAGGAUGAGAACAAACUCAUUGGCUAUUUCAAGAGCAAAGACUCAGAGCACUACAAAGCUUUCGAGGAUGCUGCCGAAGAGUUUCAUCCCUAUAUCCCGUUCUUCGCCACUUUCGACAGCAAGGUGGCAAAGAAGCUAACCCUGAAGUUAAAUGAGAUUGAUUUCUACGAGGCCUUCAUGGACGAGCCUGUGACCAUCCCAGACAAACCCAACAGUGAAGAGGAGAUUGUCAGCUUCGUGGAGGAGCACAGGAGAUCAACCCUGAGGAAACUGAAGCCUGAGAGUAUGUAUGAGACUUGGGAGGAUGAUAUGGACGGGAUCCACAUCGUGGCCUUUGCAGAGGAAGCUGAUCCUGAUGGUUAUGAGUUCUUAGAGACUCUCAAGGCGGUGGCCCAAGACAACACUGAAAACCCUGAUCUUAGCAUCAUCUGGAUUGACCCUGAUGACUUCCCCCUGUUGGUCCCAUACUGGGAGAAGACGUUUGACAUCGACUUGUCAGCUCCACAAAUAGGAGUUGUCAAUGUUACAGACGCGGACAGCAUAUGGAUGGAGAUGGACAAUGAGGAGGAUCUGCCUUCCGCCGAGGAGCUGGAGGACUGGCUGGAGGAUGUGCUGGCGGGAGAAAUCAACACAGAGGAUGACGACGACGACGAUGACGAUGAUGACGAUGACGACGACGACGAUGACGACUAGUUGCCGUGGCAACCACCUACCAGCCCCACUUGCUCUUCACACGUACCUUCCUACCAUCCGCGCACUGCCCCAAGCUCCUUGGGACACUAGGUCACUCUCUACUACAGGGCCCACUGUGGUCUAUAUACAGGGUGCUUGAGGUCCUGGUCUCCCCCGCUGAUGAGAAAGGGAGCUGCUUUUCCUCAGAUACCAGCCCAGUUCUUUCAUCUCUCUCAUUUCCAUAUCUACUGAUUCUCUCCUCCCCAUACUUUCUGAUUCUCUUGCCAUCCCUUCUCUGUCCCUUCCAUCAAUACAGUCUCCCACUUUUCAAAUCUUAAACCUUUCUGGCUGUCCUGAUCCAGGCCAGGAGGAAGGGAGGUACUGUGUUCAGGGAUGUAUCUCACCCAUCUCUUGUUAAUGUAUUUGGGUCAAAUGCAAGGCCUUAAUAAAGAGAUCUGGGGCAGAAUGAG